AUGGCAUUUAUUAAUUUUUCACCACCAACCAAGGAAAGGUUAGCCGUAUUAGCCCAAUUAACAGCCAAAUUAUUUGAUAAUUAUUAUAAUCCAACUGGGAUAAGAACUGGCAAUAAAAUUCUUCGACAAAGAUUAAUAGGACCCACAGUUACUAAUUGGUAUCCUAAACCAUUAAUAAAGAAACGUGAAAUAACUGAUCUGUUUCCUGAAUUUCAAUUAAUUGAUUUGGAAGAAAAACAGCGAUUAGAUGAUAUUGCUAGAUUAAGGAAACGAGGAAAAGGUUCUCCAAAGAAAGGUCAAGGAAAACGUGCUACAGUAGGAACAAAGAAGAAAAAAUAA